GCCAAUUCAGUGUUCAUAUCUGCUAUCUGCUUCCAUUUAACUCUGUUCAACUUGUUCGGUCCCAUCCUAUAUCCCCUUUCGAAACGGAGUGGUCUGUAUGGUAUAAAGCCCCUUCAGGUUUGCUUCAUAAGGCCUAAGGUCCAAGCACCCCAAAUCCUUACUUUCGGAAGUCUUUUUAUACCAUGUCUGUACUACCCAGUGAUGACUAUAUUAUCCGCAAUGUCGCUUUUGAAGGCAGCGUAGGCACCCUUCACAGCUCGGGCGAGAGCCCCAGGCCAGUGGCUAUGUUCCCUCCGUCGGAAAUAGCAACCAAGGUUGAAGUUAGCAACCAUGGCGGUCUUUAUAACAUCAAAGUGACUGGAACAGACACUGCUGUCAUCGAUGGCAAAGUUUUUGGAAUCUUUCGCGGAACUUCUGAGAAGUGGGCUCUCGAAUAUCAACCACAAUAUGAUGCUUACAUUGUCCAGGCUACUUCUCAGAACGGCGCGUGGACUGUGCCUAACGGAGGCUCGCACACUCAGGUUGCUGUCGCCCCCAUUGAUGCCAGCCCAGAUGUUUACAAAACCUUCUUGUUCACCUUCGAAGGACCACACCGUGGCGCAUAAUGAGUGUAGGCGAGGUGAUGUUUUAAAUUGUAGCCUUGCGAGCUUGUACAACUAUCGAACCUGGUAUACUUAACACAAUGUUUCGUAACAUGUUUCAAGAAAUUACCUUUGUAGUGUAGCUCAAUUGAAGAAAAUAUAUGUAUACGAGUAUCUGC